AUGAGGAGAGUAGUAGAACGCCCGCAGAAUGCUGUCCACAAGCAUGGCAGGAAAGGCGUCGGGCUUGAACCUUCUGCAACAGCCGCAGAACUCACAGCCAGUGCACCUGGGGUACAGGUCAAACAGCCUGCACAGGUGGUCAAUACUGCUGAUAUUAUCCCAGCAAAAACCCGAGUUCACAAAAGGACUGCUGAAGAAUCAUUGGAAAGGUCUCCCACAAAACGGAUGAGGCGUCAAGUGGCAAUGGAACAGGACAAGGGAAUUGCGAGACAGGCUGGUAAAAUGGCAGGGAAGAAACAUGUUACUGAACAGGCUACCGAUGGGUCUCCCUCGAAACGGACCAGGAGCAAGACUUCACAAACCGGUGCGGGUAAACGUGCCCAGAAGCCCAACUCUCGGUACAACGAUUAUGUAAAACCUUGA